AUGUCGUCUUCUUCUCGUGAGAUGGCAGAGCCGCCACGCAAGAGAGGGAGGCCUCGGAUUGCUGUCACAGAAGAGGUGGUCGAAGCUCGACGGCAGGCUAAGCAGCAGCGCAAUUCUCGUCGUGUUAGAGGUGCUAAUGCCUCGCCGGGUUCUUCAGCCGCGGCUGGAAGCCAGCAGAGCACAGCUGCUACAGCAGCCCAUGAUCAAGGGAAUGGUAUCGCUGAUUCAUCCUCAACACUAGUGGUUGGAGCGACAACAUCUGUCCCUCGGGUGCCACAACAGGGUCAGCUGCUGAACAUCCUCCACUCACAUAGACCAUUCCACCUUAUAUUUGCAGGCCCGCAUGUGGAGACCCCGCGGCAGCGUGGCUACAUUAACAAGAAAAAAAAGGAUUAUGGUAAUAUAAUAUUGGAUAUUGGACCUCAAAAUCAAGUUUGUGGGUGUUGCGAGGCACUUGUUUGGGCAGUGGAGUUUACUGGGAGACAUGUAGGCACUGGCCCUAAACCCUACUCCAUUUGUUGCGCCAAGGGAAAGGUGCUGUUGCCGCAGCUUCAGCCUACGCCACAAGAGUUGUUCCAUUUGCUCACUGGCACUCAUCGGGAGGAAAAAAUUUUCCGGGAUAAUAUUCGGAUGUACAAUAAUAUUUUUGCAUUCUGCUCUUUUGGCGGUCGUGUUGACGAGAGUAUAAACGAUGGAUCUGGACCAUAUGUGUUCAGGGUCAGCGAUCAUAUAUAUCACAGUAUGGGCUCUUUGCUACCUCCACAAGGCCGCACCCCUAAAUAUGCUCAAUUCUAUAUGUAUGAUGGGCAAGAGGCAAUUGAUCACCGCAUGAAAUUCCCGCGGCAGAAGAACGCAUUGAAUCCUCAGGUCGUUGCUAUACUGUUGCAAAUGCUUAAUCGUGAGAAUGCUCUUGUAGGGAUAUACAGACAGAUUCGGGAGCGUUGGCCAGCCUCAGAACAAAUACCUGUGAGGCUUAGACUUCUGGAAAGAAGGACAACUGAUGGUCGCUUUGUAAACCUCCCAGGUGUAAAUGAUUAUGAGUUUGCUGGCCUGGCGGUCGAUCACGACCUGGCUACCAACAGGGAUAUAGUUGUUCACUACAAAGAAGGAGGCCUGGAGAGAAUAUCUGAAUUACAUCCUUGCUUUAUGUCCUUACAAUACCCAUUGUUGUUCCCUCGAGGAGAGGAUGGCUACCGUUUAGGCAUAAAGCAUCGUAGUGUUGGCCGUCUAUUGCAGCAUGAUUACAAUGAAAUAUAUGGGGAUGAGGAUUCAUCUGGAGACAAUGGUAUCUCAGGUGAAAACAAGGGCAAUACAGUCAGCAUGAGGGAAUUCCAGGCAUUCAGAUUACAGAAUCGGGCUACAGAGGGCCACACUCUGUUGUUCGGUGGUCGACUUUUUUUGCAAUAUGUUGUUGACGCCUGGUGUUGCAUAGAACGGAGCAGACUUAAAUGGGUGGAGAGGCAUCAAUCAAUAAUUCGCUCAGACCUGUACAAAAAUAUUGUUGAUAGUGUCAGCCAUGGUGAUAUAUCUGCAGCUGAUGUGGGGAAGCGUGUGGUUUUGCCCUCGAGUUUUACAGGUGGAUACAGAUAUAUGCAGCAAAACUUUCAGGACUCAUUGGCACUAUGCAGGGAAUAUGGUCAUCCUGAUUUGUUUAUCACAUUUACUUGCAAUCCAAAGUGGGUGGAAAUACAGCGUGCAGUUGCAGAUGCCGGGUGUGGGGAUGCAUCAGUGCGGCCAGACCUUGUCGCACGUGUUUUCAAGAUGAAACUUGAUGCCAUGAUGUCUGAUUUGAUGAAAAAACACGCGUUGGGCCGAGCCAUUGCAGCUGUAUACACCAUUGAAUUCCAGAAGCGCGGCCUACCCCAUGCUCAUAUUGUCCUAUGGCUGGCUGACGGUGACAAACUACUCUCUUCCGAUGAGAUCGAUCUCGUCAUCAGCGCUGAAAUUCCGGAUAAAGAGGUUGAUCCUAUUGGCUAUGAAGCCGUUGCUCAGCUCAUGAUGCACGGCCCAUGUGGAGAGGCCAAUCCCAGCUGUCCAUGUAUGUUUAAUGGCAAAUGCAUGAAAUAUUACCCCAGGCCUUAUGCAAGCAACACUACUAUGGAUUCAGAUGGCUAUGCUCUAUAUAGAAGAAGGGAUUUGGGGCGGACAGUGGAAUGCAACAAUAUCCACCUGGAUAAUAGGCAUGUGGUGCCUUACAACCGUGGCCUGCUUGUCAAAUACCAGGCACACAUUAAUGUGGAACGGUGUAACCGAUCACAGUCAAUUAAGUAUCUCUUCAAGUAUAUAGGCAAGGGCCCUGAUAAAGCCACUGUGGUGCUAGAGCCUUCAAAUGGGAGCUCUCAAGGACCAGAUGUGACGGCGCACGCAGCACAACAGCGGCUUUUUUUCCACCUUGAGGAUGAGCAAGAGGUUAGAUUCCGCGAUGAUGAGAGCCUGCCGCAAGUUCUAGGUAGGUACAAGCCAGAUGCGACAAUGUUUAUUCAAUGGUUGUUAAAUAACCGUAGGGAUGAAUCAGGACGUGACUUAACCUUUUCCAGAUAUCCUACAAGGUAUCGUUGGGACAGUGCCGGUAAAUUUUGGGCUCGUCGUAGGCAAAAUGUAAAUGUCGUUGGGCGCAUGGUGUAUGCGCACCCAGCCAGUGGUGAGAGAUUCUAUAUGCGGCUCCUGCUGAAUCUUGUGGCUGGUGCCACCAGUUUUGAGGCCAUUAGAACUGUUGAUGGAAUCAUUUACCCGACAUACAGGGAGGCCUGCUUCCAUAGAGGUCUGCUGGAAUCUGACAAUGAAUGGCAUGUCGCCCUUGAUGAUGCAUCCAGCUAUGCUACUGCGCCGCACCUCAGGGAGUUAUUUGUCACUAUGUUGCUAUUCUGUGAAGUGAGCGACCCAUCAGCCCUGUGGGAUAGGCACUGGAGUGACCUAGCCGAUGAUGUUGAAUACAACCAAAGAAAGCUUUUGCAUUUGCCAACACUUAUGCUUUCUGAUCUUGACAAACAGACACUUGCACUUGAGGCGAUUAACAACUUGCUCAAUCAGCAUGGAAAGUCAUUGGCAGACUUCCCUGGACUCCCAGAAAUUGAUAGGGGAACAACAUAUAAGUUUAGCAACCGGCUUGUGCUAGAAGAAAUGAUGUAUGACUGUCAGGCUUUGGAAAUAGAUGCAACAGAGCGCAUUGGGCGCCUAAACAGCAUGCAGCAUUUAAUAUUCGAGAAAGUUGUGCAGUCUGUCAAUUCAUGUUCAGGUGGUUUCUAUUUUGUUUAUGGGCAUGGUGGCACUGGAAAGACUUUCUUGUGGUCAACCAUAAUAUGUAAGCUCAGGAGUGAGGGCCAUAUAGUUCUAGCAGUUGCUACCUCAGGCAUCGCAUCAUUGCUUAUUGAGGGUGGAAGAACAGCACAUUCCCGAUUUAGGAUUCCAAUAGACAUAAAUGAGUCCAGCACAUGUGAAAUUAGAAAGAAUACUCAUCUUGCUGAGUUGAUAUGUAAAGCUAGCCUUGUCAUAUGGGAUGAGGCCCCAAUGACACACCGUUUUAUUUUCGAGGCCGUCGAUAGGACUUUUCGCGAUGUCCGGGGAAUUGUGAAUCCCAAUGCUAAAAACUUACCUUUCGGUGGUCUCACUGUGGUACUUGGUGGAGACUUUAGGCAGGUGCUCCCGGUGGUUCCGAAAGAAGGUCGUGAAGGGAUUGUUGCCGCGAGCAUAAGCAAGUCUUAUUUAUGGCAGGAAUGUAAGGUUUUCACAUUGGUGGAAAACAUGCGCGUUCAAAGAAAUAUACCACCCAUAACAUUAGAUGGAAAAGUGAUGGAUUUUAGAGAUUGGAUCUUGGACAUUGGUAAUGGGGUGCAGCAAACGUACGACCUUGCAGGCAAUGGUGACUCCUCAUGGAUCAAGAUCCCAAAAGAGAAAACCAUCAUUUACACAUGGCAAUCACCUCUUACUUAUACAGUUUCACUUCUGCAGUUGCAGGUAUCCUAUUCUGGAGACCCAAUCAAGGCAAUUGUUAAUGAAAUCUAUGGCGGCCUAGAAGAGAGACAUAGCAGCAUUGAUUACUUGCGUGAGCGAGCCAUACUCACACCUUUAAACGAAUAUGUGGACAAGAUUAACCGCGAGGUGCUAAGCAGGUUACCAGACACACCUGCGGUCUAUAAAAGCUCUGAUAGCGUUUGCAAAGGUUCUUCCGGUAAUGCCUUUGACGAUAUCCUUUAUCCUCCUGAAUACUUAAAUUCCUUGAAAUUCAGCGGAGUCCCUAACCAUGAGCUUCAACUUAAAGUAGGGACCCCCAUAAUGAUUCUGCGAAAUCUUAACCCAAAAAAGGGAUUGUGCAAUGGGACCAGGCUGAUUGUCACACGGUGCUAUAAAUUUCUCCUAGAGGCUCUAAUUAUAACAGGAAAUAAAAUCGGCGAGAAGACAUACAUCCCCAGGAUAUGCAUGACCCCAGCAGACAAAACACUCCCCUUUACUCUGAAAAGAAAGCAAUUCCCAAUUGGUAUUUGUUAUGCCAUGACCAUUAAUAAGAGCCAAGGGCAGACAAUGAAGCACGUUGGCCUAUUUCUGCCUGACCCUGCAUUCAGCCAUGGUCAAAUCUACGUGGCGAUAUCAAGAGUAACCUCGCCCACUGGGCUCAGAAUUCUUUGUGUUAAUGAAGAUGACAGGUAUGCUGGUUAUACAAAAAAUGUGGUCUACCAUGAAAUAUUCAACGAUAUUGUUCCCAUCGACCCAACUCAUACUGAGCCAUUCACUGCUUCUUCAUGA